GUGUGUGCAUUAUUAUGCUGGCUUCGAGGAAAAUCGUUUAGCUUGGGAUCGAGGAUCGGAGUUUUGACACGGCAUUUUUGAUAAACUGUGUUUGUCGAGUAGAUAGCGAAGUCGGCAUUGAGGGAGGGUAGAACUGUUUUGGUCUUCGCUGAAGAUGAAUACUCUUUUAUUUCUCGUUAUUGGUUGUGUGGUGUGUUUAACCUCAGCCCAACCAGCUGAAGAUGAAGUGAAAUCAUUGCCUGGUGUAUUUAAUCCACAACUUUCUUCGAGGCAAUACUCCGGUUAUCUCAGCGCCUCCAACACGAUCAAACUGCAUUACUGGUUUGUAGAAUCUGAACGAGAUCCUGUGAACGAUCCUUUAGUUUUGUGGAUGAAUGGUGGACCAGGAUGCAGUUCUUUGGAUGGUUACUUGUCUGAGCUUGGACCAUAUCUGAUUAAUCCUGAUGGGACAACUCUAACACCAAAUCCAAAUAGUUGGAGCAAAGUGGCCAACGUUAUCUUUCUUGAAGCACCAGCAGGAGUUGGGUUCUCUUACUCCGAUGAUCAGAAUUACACCACGAGUGACAAUGAGACUGCUAAGAACAACUACCUGGCACUACUUGAUUUCUUUGCCAAGUUUCCGAACAUGGCCAAGAAACCUUUCUUCAUUACUGGUGAGAGCUAUGGAGGAGUAUAUGUCCCAACAUUGUCCGUUAAAGUCAUGGCUAAUGCAUCCAUCAACUUCCAGGGCUUUGCAAUUGGGAAUGGUCUUCUAGAUUCAGUAAUGAACACCAAUACUGCAGUAUACUACGCUUACUAUCAUGCUAUCAUUGGAGAAGAUGUUUGGGCCAAGCUACAGCAGUACUGUUGUAAAGAUGGCAAGUGUAACUUUGCUGCACCACCAAACCAGCAAUGCCAAGACUUGGUAAUAACCGUUCAGAAUACAAUGAUGGGUAUUGGGAUUAACCCAUAUGACGUCACCGGUGACUGUGCUGGCGGAGUACCAGGUCAUUCUUCACUUCAGAAACAAAACACUUUUCUCAAACACUUCUUUGAACCAUCAUUUCUUAAAGCACUAAAGAACCCCAAAGGCAAUGGGUCUGUCAGCUUUGAUAGUAACAACGUGAUUCCUUGCAUCGAUGCUGGACCUCAGACUCAAUAUUUGAAUACUGCUGAGGUCAGACUAGCCCUACACAUACCUGACAAUGUUAGCAAGUGGGCAAUUUGCAGUGGUGUUGUUGGUGCUAACUACAAAAGACAGUAUCAAACCAUGAAGGAUCUUUUCAAUAUGCUACUCCCAAAGCACAGGGCACUCAUUUACAACGGAGAUGCUGAUAUGAUGUGUAACUUCCUUGGUGAUCAAAAGUUUGUUGCAUCAUUACAACAGAAAGAGUUAGGACCACGUAGGCCUUGGAUUCAUGCUAAGCAGAUUGCUGGUUUUGUACAUGAAUAUGACCAGAUUACAUUUAUGACUGUUAAGAAUGCUGGUCAUAUGGUUCCUUCGUUUACUCCUGGUGCUGCGUUGCAGAUGAUUACCAACUUCUUAAAUAAUAAACCACAAUAAGCUUAGAUUAGUAAAUACAUGUAGGAAUAUGUAGUAUAACAGUUAGCAGUAAACUAUUACAUAAAUAUUUCAUUGAAUUUAUUUCAAUUUUUGGGGUUAUGAAACGAAGGGAUCUUAAAAAGCACCUAGCGCGAUGACCCGUAGUUUGGAAGAUACCUGUGUAGAAAAGAAGAUGAAAAAGACUCAGCUUUAGAUCUUGAAGAAAAACUCCAAAUAGUGAAAAACCCUAUCUUUAGACAAGGACUGAAAACCCAGGAAGAAAGAAGGGGAAGUAAACACUCAACCAAUCUAGGUGCCUUCAAAAUAGAUGAUAAACGUUUUUCUUGAAAGGACUUCAUCAGCAGACUUUUACUUUUCUAUUCUGUGAAAAUAUUUUCACAUUUUUUCCCCCUUUUUUUUCUUCUUCUAAAUUUAAAGUUGAAAAAAGAAUUUGAUCAGGCUACUGAUGGAAUGUAAAGUAUUUAUGUAGUCAUCUUUAAUUUCUUUGUCUCACCUUCUGCAAAGUUCUGCAGUGAAACAUUUACUUAAAGUGAAACUUUCACUAAUUUCAAAGUGAUCACCUCAAGUUUGCACUGGCUGUUUUUCAGUGUACAUCAACCUUUACAGAACUCAAAAAAGAUAUUUCAGUUUUAGAUUUGGGAUUUAAAUCUUAUUGGGAAAACUAAUAUGAUUAGGUAGGCAAUAAAAAAUCCAAUCCACAUGUUAGGCUGACGUCUGAGGUGGGAUUCGAACCAGGGUCCACGAGGUGAAACAAUGGGUAGAUACCACAAAGCCAACCUGAAUAUGGGUAGAUACCACAAAGCCAACCUGAAUAUGGGUAGAUACCACAAAGCCAACCUGAAUAUGGGUAGAUACCCCAAAGCCAACCUGAAUAUGGGUAGAUACCACAAAGCCAACCUGAAUAUGGGUAGAUACCACAAAGCCAACCUGAAUAUGGGUAGAUACCACAAAGCCAACCUGAAUAUGGGUAGAUACCACAAAGCCAACCUGAAUAUGGGUAGAUACCACAAAGCCAACCUGAAUAUGGGUAGAUACCACAAAGCCACCCUGAAUAUGGGUAGAUACCACAAAGCCAACCUGAAUAUGGGUAGAUACCACAAAGCCAACCUGAAUAUGGGUAGAUACCACAAAGCCAACCUGAAUAUGGGUAGAUACCACAAAGCCAACCUGAAUAUGGGUAGAUACCACAAAGCCACCCUGAAUAUGGGUAGAUACCACAAAGCCACCCUGAAUAUGGGUAGAUACCACAAAGCCAACCUGAAUAUGGGUAGAUACCACAAAGCCAACCUGAAUAUGGGUAGAUACCACAAAGCCAACCUGAAUAUGGGUAGAUACCACAAAGCCACCCUGAAUAUGGGUAGAUACCACAAAGCCACCCUGAAUAUGGGUAGAUACCACAAAGCCAACCUGAAUAUCUAGUGGACACCAUCAGUAGCAAAUAAGAUUCUAACUAAAAUGUUUUUGUAAACUGACUCGACGGGUGGAAUUUUCAAACUCACAACGAAAAAGGAACAUGUAGUAUAUCAGCUUCAUGUUAGACAGUUUCUUUAUUUAUUCAACACCGACUAAAAAGAUGUAAAAUGAGUUGCCAAUGAAUGCCUGAACUAGAGUAAUACUGACUGAUGAAAAGGGGAUUAUUUAUACACAUUAAUAAGGAAUCUUUUGUACUAUGCUAUAAUGAAAGAAAACAAAAUACUUAAAAUUAUUAUAAUAUGCUGAGUGAAAGAUUUUCACACAAUUAGUUUUUGCUGAUUAUUUUCAUAAUGCUUGAAGUUUUCUUCUUUCUUGCCUAGUACUUUCAUCAUGAUUUUCAUGAAUGUUUUACUUUCUAACAGUACUGUAAUAUUAUUGCAGAUAAUAGGUAUAAGACUACAGAGGUAUUUAUAGUGUUUGUAAAGUUAACAGCAGGAAGCCUCUGUCGACAAAGAAUUUAUGAUUAUGUUCAUGUAUAAGUAUAAGUUCAAAAUGACAGCAAGGCCUUUCAUUUACAAUGAAUGCCCAGUAGUCUAACAUCAGGAAGGUAGGAGAUUCAAGUACUUGAUUUCACAUUAUUGAUAAGAUCAAAUUAAAAGGCACAUUGUUUGUUUUAAAAAGCUGGGCUCCUUUAGUUGUUGAUAAAUUUAUCAAACUGUCUCAGAUUUUGCUUUUAAAAACAUAUUUAAAUCAAAAGGAAUUGCUUUACACAAUUUGUAGGUUAAUUAAUUUUCUUCAAUAACAGUAAAAUAAUGAA